AUGGAUAGCUUAAGUGACGAGGAUAAAGAGUUUCGAUUCUUUGAUGCACCGGAGCACAUCGCAUCAGUUUCCGAGUCUGAUUCUGAUAAUGCUGGGGCUAUUAAUUGUGAAUAUGACUUGUGGAUAGGGAGUCCUCGAAGUGUGAGGGAGCGUCGUAGGAAAUUCAUUAGAUGGAUGGAAUUGAGCUUAGAUAGGUUAGAAGGGAAUAAUUCCUUUGAUGUACAUGAUAAUGGUAGAUGCGGCAUGUUUAGAGGAGAUAUUGAUAGAAUACUGGAAAGUACUGAGACUGUUCUAAGAACUUCAAUUUUUGAAGAUGAAUUUUCUUCUAUCCAUUCUUGUAUACCUAGUUGGUCCACUGAUAUUUUGAAUUUAGUAAGAGAAGUGACUCCUAGUGAAAAUUUUACUUGUAGAAACGGGAAUUUAAACGAUAGACGCGAGUGUAAUGUUGAUGAUUUGGUGGUGGAUGGCAAGCAGAGAGCUGUUGCAAUUGCAGGGUUGGACCAAGUGUUGAUAUCCAAAGAGUUUGAGAACAUUACUCGACUGUCUCCUUCAGUUCAGCAACCUGGGGAGACAGAAUUUGAGAUUAAUGGAAAAAUUUCGAAAAUAAUGAAUAAAGUAAAAGUUCGCUGGUUGAAUAGAUUUCGUUCCUUCAUGUGCAUAACAAGUGGGAAUGGGAGAACUGAUAAUUCUAGAUCCAAUUGCUCCAGUCGAUUUCGGGGGACCAAGGUUCAGAGAGUUAGGGUUCGCCGUAAACGGAAAAUGUUGAAAGAACUCUCAGCACUCUUCACCGGACAAGAUAUGGAGGCCCAUGAAGGGUCAAUCCUUACUAUGAAAUUUAGUCUAGAUGGACAAUACCUGGCUAGUGCUGGUGAAGAUAAGAUCGUGCGAAUUUGGCAAGUGGUGGAAGAUGAGAGAUCAAAUGAUAUUGAUAUUCCGGAUGUAGAUCAAUCUUGCAUAUACUUCUCAGUGAACCAUCUUUCUGAAUUGGCACCUCUCAUGAAGGAAAAAUAUAAAACUAACAAACUGAAGAGUUUAAGGAAACCAAAAGAUUCGGCAUGUAUCAUCUUUCCUCCAAAGGUUUUCCAGAUUUUGGAGAGGCCACUGCAUGUGUUUGUAGGUCACAGUGGAGACAUUGUGGAUCUUUCUUGGUCGAAUACUAAUUGUCUGCUUUCUUCAUCAAUUGAUAAAACUGUUCGUUUGUGGCGGGUUGGAUGUGAGCUGUGUCUCAAGGUCUUUCGACAUAGUGAUUAUGUGACCUGCAUUCAGUUUAACCCCGUGAAUGAUGAUUACUUCAUCAGUGGUUCAAUCGACGGAAAGGUUCGGAUUUGGACAGUCAGUGGUUGUCAAGUUGUCAACUGGACUGAAAUAAGAGACAUAGUUACUGCUGUUUCCUAUAGGCCUGAUGGGCAGGGUGGUAUUAUUGGCUCUAUUACAGGCAUGUGUCAUUUUUUUAAAAUAUCAGAUAAUAAUUAUCACUUCCAACUGGAAGGGCAGAUGUGCUUAACCAGUAAAAAGAAAUCAGCCUGCAAAAGGAUAACUGGAUUCCAGUUUAUCCCGCAGGACUGGAGCAAAGUGUUGGUCACAUCUGCUGAUUCACAAAUUAGAAUUCUUAGUGGGAUGAAUGUGAUUGGAAGAUACAAAGGCGGUGCUGGGAAUCACAUUUCUGCUUCAUUGACCUCAAAUGGAAAGCACGUUAUCUCAGUGUCUGAUGAUUCUAAUGUUUACAUAUGGAACUACAAUUGUGAACCAUGUUCUGCCUCGCAACCCGUUAGAUCAUUCGAAUGUUUCUCGUCUGAUGCUUCUGUGGCAAUACCUUGGUCUGGCUUAAAGAUGGGGAACUUGGAGGAUGGAUUCAAAUCGAGCAAAUUCGAGGAGAGUUUAACUAAGUUAUCGACUCAUUUCUCUUUGGGCCAAGAGUUUAUUUUGGACUCCAGCCCCAAGGGAUCUGCAACUUGGCCUGAGGAAAAGCUACCCAUGUCUAGUCCCCGGACUGUUCUGUAUCGAAUGUGUAAAUAUCAAUACAAACUUUUCAAGACUUCUUGCCAGAGUUCAUCCACUUCGCAUGCGUGGGGUCUAGUUAUUGUUACCGCAGGAUGGGAUGGACGGAUUAGAUCAUUCCACAAUUAUGGUUUACCAACACCCUAUUAA